CUCGCCUGCUUUGUGACUGUGAUGUCCAAGCUUCAUUCUUGUCUGCCUGCCUCUACCCUCCACGUGCUGUGCCAGUAGGUACCCAGGAUGAGCAUACCUGGGCUUGUGAACGAUCAGAUCUGGGUUGUAUGGCAGCUCUUGAAACGCCGUGGAUAGCUUCCAUGUCCCCAAGCUCUUACGCCCAAAACGAUGGGCCCGCAGGGACGUCCCUCGCCGGUGACCCGAUUCCGCCUACCGUUGCCGCUUUCUCGCCAACAAACAUCUCUGGAUCUUCAUUAACCUCCAAACAACGCUCUACCAUAAUCGUACACAGGAAGUCGCCAUUGCUUGUUGCAACCCCUCCCGCAGUCACCCGUGCCUUGGCCUACUCCCAUCCGUUCUUGCUUCCCUUGAACCGGCUGGUCGGGCUAUUAUCAUGGACGAGCGGAGACCCAUGGGAGAGCUUUCUUCUUGUCGCUGCAUUUUGGGCAACCACUCUGUACGGGGAUGCUAUUCUGCUAUGGGCCGGACCGAUUCUUGUGGUGAUUGGCCUGAUACUUGGCUUGUAUUCCCGACGAUAUUCACCUCUCUCGUCGACGGGACUAACCGGAGAGAAACACGGACACCGAAGGGGCGACUCGGAAGCCACGCCCCAACACCAUAAGACGCUGGAUGAGAUCGUCGAAUCCCUGAGGGAAUUUACCAUGAGAUGCAAUAUUUUACUAGAUCCUUUAAUUGAAUUCACUGAUUUCCUUUCGACUCAGCGGACCGCUACCUCGGCUACAACUCGACCCGCCCUGACGGCUCUGCUAACGCGGAUAUUACUUGUCACGCCCGUCUGGAUCCUUCUUACGCUUCGGCCGUUCUAUUUGAUCACUACCCGCCGAAUUAUCAUUUCCGUUGGAACCGUCAUCUUGACGUGGCAUUCGAAACCGGCGCGCAUCUGCCGGGUCAUUCUCUGGCGAUCACUAACAGUGCGCCUAAUAUGCUCCAUAAUCACGGGGCUUCCAUUCUCAUCGCAGCCAUGCAAUAACACAACCAACGACUUCAAAAUUUCGCCAAUCUUAUCGCUGUUAUCAUUUCGCCCUUUCCGUUCGAAGUCGACUCAGCAAGUGCCUGAGGUAUCUUCUACGAGAAGGCGGGCUGAAUCACCAGGUGUCCGUUUCACAUUUAUCCUAUAUGAGAAUCAGAGAAGAUGGCUUGGAAUCGGAUGGACGACUUCACUGUUUGCCUACGAGCGUGCCCCCUGGACGGACGAGCACCUGAACUCAGCCCCAUCUAAAGACGAAUUUGAGCUUCCUGAAGUUCAAGGUGGGAAUUCAAGGUGGCGCUGGGUAUCUGGUAGUGAAUGGCGAAUUGAUGGAGUAGAUCCAAACAGCAAAAGAUCCGGCAAAACUGGCAAGGGUGGAGAUACUGAUGACGGUGGUUGGAUAUACUACGACAAUAAGUGGAACGAUGGCCGUCGUGGGCAGGAUAGCUGGAAUCGAUACACUAGGCGUCGAAGAUGGUGUCGUGAUGCCGAGCUUGUAGAGAUAACCCCGAGCAGGGAAGCUACUCCACCCCCAUCGCCUCCAGCAGAAAGAGUACGUGAUUCAUCGCCAUGCACGACCACUGGUCGCGCGCAGGGCGAAGAAAACAACAAGCCUAGCACAGAGAACAAAAAUGGUGUCAAACAGCGUAAGCGCCGCUGGUUCGGGAGCACCAGUGAUAUUUCCAAGCCGCCUUCGUCAUCUCCUCCUGUCCCCGUUGGUGCUGCGUCGUCCAGCCUUCCAAAUAACUUUGACAACGCGCUUUCUACAUCCAUAGAUGAGAAUACAAACAACAGCAGACGUACCGUCAAAGCCCCCAGCGUGGCCAGCACUCGCAGUGCUCCUCAAGCAGGUUCUCCUGGGCCAAGAGGUGGUAGAAAUAGCUUUGGUGGUCGACGAGCAAGUAAGACCGCUAGUAUCGCCACAGAUACGGAUCGGGAGAGUCUAACCCUGAGCCUGAGGGAGAAAGAAAUCCAAGAAGCGGAGAAUAUGGUUGAUCAAUGGGACACCAGGCCUGGAGGAGCAGCAGAAAGGGCAGAGAGAUCCUGGGGUCUGGGGGACGAGGCCCACAUGGGGCUAAGCUGAAUUUUCCCAGCUUCUACAUUAUGGUAUGGUGCCUUUGGCUAUUUAACGUCUAUUUCUGGGUUUGGCUGUGCCCUUCCCCCCAUUUUCGGAGUUCUGUUAUUGCCUCGGCUGUUUGCCGCCUGCGUGUAUUGUUAUGCUUGUUUUGGCAUGUCUCGGUUCGAUUUGCAUUACUGGUCGAGUUAGCCAUCGGAGCAAGGGCGAAAUGAAGGGAUAAGCGGUAUUAUGGGAAUAGUUCUUAUGGUUUCAUGAUGUAGUAUGAUUGUCGCGGAAUGGCGAGA